AUGUCAAAAAUUGAGGGACCUUUACAAAAAAGAGUUGCUUCGCAAAAAGAACUUACAAAAGAGAUUAGGGAAAACGCGGAUAAUAGUGAAUGGGAAAAGUUAAGAACCAACUUGGUGGAUCUAAGCGAUAACACAGAUAAUUUGUUUGAAAUAAUGGAUGAACAUAAAAAAGUAUCUGUUAAUAUUUUAAAUCUUUUUGAAGCGGUUUUAAAAAAGUUAGAAAACGUAGUGGCUUUAUCUGUCUAUAGAGACUUUAUCUCAUUUUUUGUUGAAGAAAUAGAAAAAAAAUUAGGUAACGAAGUAUGGGUUGUAGUAAGAAGUGCUAUCAAUAGGAAGAGGAAAUUUAAAAAGAUGAAUUUUAAGAAAGACGAAAUAGAAUUUAUUUCAAAGUUGGAGAAGACGUUAAGUAGCGUUAAGAUGUCUGUUGAAGAGUUCGAGUUAUUGAUGAAUUUGAAAACAAAAAGUAAUGCAGAGUUUCACAAAAGUGAAGACCAAGAUCCGAAAAUAGUUAAACAACAACUUGAAACGACAUUGCCUGACGAACUACAAGACUUCAAGAACCGCUAA